UCAUUGUUGGGACCAAACUGUGGGGUCCAGGUGCGAAUAUUCAUAUAUCCCUUCCACCGGGGUUCACGCCGCACCACGUUGUUUCCAUCUAAUCAAGUCAAUCUUGAUCUCAAUAUCUCGGAGUUCAGUAGCAUGGCAACAGAAUCCUCGGCCUUGGCUCGCCGGCUUGCAUGUGAUCGAUGCCAUCUCAAGAAAACGAGGUGCUUGAGGCCAACAGGGCAGGGUCGAUGUCACAGGUGUCUUCAACAAAACCUGCACUGUACCUUCAGUCCUCCAGCCAAAACAGGAAGGCCUCCGGGAACCAAGAGCUCCUCAUGGAACACUCAGCAGCCAAGCCCUAAGUACAGGAACUCGCCGCCAUCGUUUGAUCUGGAGGGGACUGGCCAUAGCUCCACGGAUCGGACUGAGUACGAUCCCCCCAACUGCCGGCAAGAUCACGGCGAAGUCGGUCCCGAGGCUGUGCCUUGCUUCCCCUCAGAACAGUAUGGAGUCGGCAAUAUCAACUACGCCGUUGAAGCUGGGUCCAUGGAAUAUAAUCGAUCGCCAGAUCUCAACCAUAUUCUCCUCAAUAUUCCGCCCGACGCAGCUUGGACCGCCUUGCCUCCAUUGCAUACCGACCUAAUGCAACAUGAGGAUGUUGCUGCUUAUCCAUCGCCUGCAUUCAACAGCUCACAGUCCAGCCCUACGGCCGCCUGGCACAGUCGUUCCCCGCCAAAAUCAUCCCCAGCUUUGGCCGAGCUCAAUGUAAGCGACACACUACGGGAGCUAUCUGAUAUCCAGCAUGAGCUAUGCGCAGCCAUCAACUCCUUCCAUUUGAAAGGGACCUCCCAUACACUUCCCGUGUUCCUCUCCGCAAGCGAGAGAAUGGUAACGCAGAUCUGGCCGCACUUCAACAGCAAUCCGCAAACAGCUACCUUUUUCGAUAAUGCAUCACUCUUAGUCCUGCUGUCCGUCCUCGCAAGAGCAAUCGACGCUUACACUUUAAUCUGCCCCGAAUCGAUCAGUCGGCCGAGCAGCUUUGACAACAACGCAAUGUCCUCAGACUAUGAUCACCAAAGGCAGAGAUCUCAAGAUAGUCUCUCUCCCAUGUUGGACGCAACGACGAUAGAAAUCCAAAUAGGAUGCUUUUCCCCGUCUGAGCGUCUCGGCAGCUGGAUUCUUAUCAAUACCCUUUUCUACAACCUCUGCAAACUUCACCAGCUCCUACACAAUAUGAGGAAUCAGCUUCACUCGAUCGGUUCUACCUCCCCUUGCAUCAUUGCCGUUUUAGACGAGCAGCUCGAGAGGUUGCGAUUGACAAGAGGGAAAAUGCAGGAACGUAUAGGAAUAUUCUUCGACGAUACCAAAUAGACUUAGAUUUUUUUUAUAUCCCCAACCUGUACAUCCGACACACGACACUCAUUCAAAUCCAUGUUGUUCCAAUCCAUGACAGGGAAAUCGGUUGCAAAGCUGCGCUGAUGAGGCUGGCAAAAAAGAGCGCCAUAUUUCAGCACUAAAAAAAAUAUCUCAACCUGAAUCCUCUGGACCUGAUAGCUGGGCGAAA